AUGUCACUGUCCACGGAGUACCUUCCCGACUUCGAUAAUUCGGAUGGUGCCAGCGAUGACCUCGACCUAGAAGAGCUCGACCCAGACUCAGCAAGGAAUAACGACAGGCUUCGAGUCUCGCGCGACUAUAACGCGCCACCAAGACAAUACGGGGCUCGCAUUGCGUUGAGAAACCUCCGAACAUCGGGUAGGAACCUUGGAUGGGCUCGAGAUGCUUCGCGGCAUCGUAAACUCUCGGAGGAAGAUGACCUCCGAGGUCUUCUCGAUGAGCACGAUGGAACCUCCUUGACCCCAACCGGCGAUGAUUCGCCACUUAUAGGGCGAAGACGAAGCCACACUUCUUUUGACGACCGCCGCUCGAACAAAUUGCGACUUCCGAGUUUCCGAUCUACAAAUGCAGCUUCGCCAGCUGCCGGUGGUUCUUCGGAUACUGGACCCGCUAGAGAAAUAUUGGUGGGCCAACAACAACAGCAAAAAUACCCUGCAAACGCCGUAUCUAACGCCAAGUAUACACCUUGGAGUUUCCUCCCUCGCACCUUGUACAACGAAUUCUCUUUUUUCUUCAACCUAUACUUCCUACUAGUUGCGCUUUCACAGAUCAUACCGGUAUUGCGGAUUGGUUAUAUGUCUUCGUAUAUAGCUCCACUCGCUUUCGUCGUGGCCAUAUCUUUGGGUAAAGAAGCUUGGGAUGACAUCGGUCGAAGGCGAAGGGACUCUGAGGCAAAUGCAGAAGAGUACACGAUAUUGUCAUUUGGGCAACCUGCUGGCGGGUCCGCACGUGGAAAUUCCAGACAAUCAGUCGGGUCCACGCUUGACUCCAAUAUCUACGAGAUCACUAAGAAGUCGAGGGACCUCAAAGUUGGCGAUGUGCUAAAGAUCAAAAAGGAUCAGCGGUUGCCGGCAGAUGUGGUUAUUCUAAAUAGCACGAUGGUGGAAUCCUCCGUAACGAUUGACCCAACCGAGAUAGCUGAAGCGUCACGGCAGCCACAAGCUGACCUGCUGGGUUCGCAUUUGGAAACUCCAAUGGAACAAGCAAAUACUGCAUCAAAAGAUACUGAAGAAAAUGUGGAAUCCAGUGGCAGUAGUGAUACUUUCAUCCGAACUGACCAACUCGAUGGAGAAACUGAUUGGAAACUUCGUCUUCCCUCUUCUCUUUCACAGACGCUUGCUUUGAAAGAUUUGAGACGGUUGAGGGUUCACGCUGGCGCACCCGAUAAGCGUGUCAAUGAAUUUGUUGGCACAAUUGAGUUGACUCCGCCACGAUUUACCUCGUACGAUCCACCUGUGAACAAAACGACGGCGCCAGACGACAACGGUUCCAAUGACGCACAUGACGUUGAUACACAAGCCAAAUCCGCGCCACUAAGUAUCGACAAUACUGCUUGGGCAAACACCGUACUAGCAUCCAACACAACAACCUUGGCCGUCAUCAUCUAUACUGGUUCCCAGACUCGAUCUGCCAUGUCGACAGCGCCUUCCAGAUCAAAGGUCGGCCUACUUGAAUACGAAAUUAACAACUUGACGAAAAUUCUAUGCGCCUUGACAUUAGUAUUGUCGAUAAUUCUAGUUGCCCUCGAACGAUUUCAGCCGACAGACAACAAAGAAUGGUACGUUGCCAUUAUGAUAUACCUAAUUUUGUUCUCAACGAUUAUUCCCAUGAGUCUGAGGGUAAACCUUGACAUGGCCAAAACGGUAUACGCAAGGUACAUCGAACGAGACCUUGAUAUUCCUGGUACUGUUGUCAGGACUAGCACGAUUCCUGAAGAUUUGGGUCGCAUUGAAUACCUUCUAUCCGACAAAACCGGAACUCUUACUCAAAAUGAAAUGGAACUGAAGAAGAUACACGUUGGCACUGUUUCGUAUGCCAAUGAAGCCAUGGAGGAAGUUGCGUCAUAUAUUAGACAAGGCUUUGGGUUAACCGACAGCUCUCAGGGCUCUCUGGUUACUCCCUCGUCAGUUUUUGGUCCUCAGGCUGGUGCAGGCGCUGCUACUAGGACAAGGAGGGAAAUCGGGGCUCGUGUGCGAGAUCUAGUCCUUGCGCUUGCUUUGUGCCACAAUGUUACUCCGACAACUGAUGAGGAAGAAGGACGCAAGGUUACCAGUUACCAAGCAUCUUCUCCCGAUGAGAUUGCCAUCGUGAAAUAUACUGAAGAAGUAGGUCUUCGGGUGGCUUACCGCGAUAGGAAAAGGAUAUUCCUAGAGUCUACACACACGAACGAAGUCGUCGUUCGUGUCAAUAUCCUCGACGUCUUUCCAUUCACAUCUGAUAGCAAGCGAAUGGGCAUUAUUGUACAGUUUGAGCAGACAUCUGCUGAUGGCAACGAGGCCGAGAUCUGGUUCUACCAGAAAGGAGCAGAUACAGUUAUGACUUCAAUUGUUGCAGCAAACGACUGGCUUGAUGAGGAAACGGCCAAUAUGGCGCGGGAAGGACUGCGCACGCUUGUCAUUGGUCGACGUAAACUCUCGUCGCAACAGUAUCAGAGCUUCUCAGCGGCAUACAAAGAGGCUUCGUUGGCCUUGCAGAGCCGUGAUGUCGGUAUGGCGCGGGUCAUAGGCGAACAUCUCGAACGCGAUCUUGAACUUUUGGGAGUGACUGGUGUUGAGGACCGCCUUCAACGAGAUGUGAAACCAUCACUAGAACUCCUACGAAACGCUGGUGUCAAAAUUUGGAUGUUGACUGGCGAUAAAGUCGAAACAGCACGAUGUGUAGCAAUCUCGGCGAAGUUGGUUGCCCGCGGGCAAUACAUUCAUACUGUGACAAAACUCAAGGAAAAAUCUGCUGCUCUCGAGACACUAGACUUUCUUCGGCAUAAGAACGAUGCCUGUCUGUUGAUCGAUGGUGAAUCCCUAUCUCUUAUGCUUAGUCAAUUCCGCUCGGCAUUCAUUUCCACCGCGGUUCUUUUGCCUACUGUCGUCGCAUGUCGAUGUUCACCAACUCAGAAAGCAGAAGUAGCGGAAUUGAUUCGCCAACAUACAAAGAAAAGAAUAUGCUGCAUUGGUGACGGUGGAAACGAUGUCUCUAUGAUCCAGGCAGCUGAUGUGGGCAUUGGUAUUGUCGGAAAAGAGGGUCGUCAAGCCUCUUUGGCAGCAGACUUCAGUAUCACUCAGUUUCAUCAUAUCACUAAGCUCCUAGUGUGGCACGGACGCAAUUCUUACAAACGAUCGGCCAAGCUGGCGCAAUUUGUCAUGCAUCGUGGUCUCGUUAUCAGUGCCUGUCAAACAAUGUACAGUAUUGCAAGCCACUUUGAUCCAAAAGGUCUCUUCAUCAAUUGGUUGAUGGUCGGGUACGCCACUGUGUACACCAAUGCUCCGGUUUUCUCCCUCGUUCUAGACAAAGAUGUUGAUGAAGAACUGGCAAACCUAUACCCUGAGCUCUACAAGGAGUUGAAAAGUGGUCGCAGUCUAAGUUACCGAUCAUUCUUUGGCUGGGUAUUUGUUUCAGUCUACCAAGGUGCUGUUCUUCAAGGUCUCUCUCAAAUCCUUCUCGAUACGACGACUGGUAAACAACUGAUUAGUGUGUCCUUCACCGCCCUGGUUUUGAACGAACUGCUCAUGGUAGCAAUCGCUGUGACUACAUGGCACCCGAUCAUGAUAUUCUCUAUCAUCGGAACAGCCUUGGGCUACGCGGCCAGUAUACCGUUUCUCGGCGAGUAUUUUGACUUGGAAUACAUUAUCACUGUGGACUGGCUUUGGCGUGUCGCAGCAGUAAGCGCGGUCUCGGUCAUUCCGAUAUGGAUUGGAAAGGUUGUUAAACGGUCAUGGAGGCCACCCAGUUAUCGCAAGGUCCAAGGAUAG